ACCCCAGUGCUCAGCAGCAGCACGUGGUCGAUCAGUUACUGGUGAUCUAGUUCAGUUCAGAGUCUCUGCUGCAGCCACGCAGCCUGGAUCUGUCUUCCUCCAGGGAUUCAACUCUCUUCAGGAGAUAACAUGGACUGGACUGACAUGAAGAAGGAUGAGCUGGAGAGGCAGUAUUCACCCAGCAGGUGGUCCCACAGGAUGUCCGCGGACGACGUGAUCAAGGCUCACGUGAAGGCUUUAAAGGAAGGUACGGAGCGAGCUCGCGGUCUGGCCCAGACGCUGCUCAACGUGCCGUACGGGGAGGGAGAUGGAGAGAAGCUGGACGUCUACAUCCCCAGCACCAGCUCUCUGGACGUCCACCUCGUGGUCUACCUGCACGGAGGCUACUGGCAGUUUCUCAGCAAGGAGGAGUCUGGGUUCAUGGCCGUUCCCCUGGUGGAUAAAGGCGUGGUCGUGGUGGCCGUCGGCUACGACAUCGCCCCCAAAGGUAACAUGGACCUGAUGGUGGCACAGGUUCGCAGGAGCGUGGUGUCCAUCGUUCAGCAGUAUUCUCACAUCAGAGGCCUGUACCUGUGCGGCCACUCGGCCGGGGCUCACCUGGCGGCCAUGGUGCUGUCCACCGACUGGUCUCAGUACAGCGUCGCUCCUCAGAUUAAAGGGGCUUUUCUUGUCAGCGGCAUUUACGAUCUUCUGCCCAUCUUGUCCACUUACGUCAACGAGCCUCUGAAGAUGACGGAGGAGGUGGCGGUGAGGAACAGCCCCAGUCAGCUGGUCCCUCAGCUGAAGCUGUCCUCCUCCUCCUGUCACAUCGUCGUGGCCGUGGCUGAAAACGACUCGCCGGAGUUUCGCAAGCAGUCGGAGGAAUAUUACAAAACUCUGGAAGCAGCAGGCCUGAACGUGACCAUGGAGGAUGUGCCCGAUACAGACCACUUCAACAUCAUCGAGCAGCUGGUGGACGGGGACUAUCGCCUCACUAAGCUUCUGUUGAAGAUGAUGGGGAAGAGCUGAGGUGUUGAAUGAAUCGUAUGCAGACGACUCGAUAACAUAUGCACCGUCUCAGUACUUUGAUAAGCAUCGAGUUUCCUGUUUCAGCAUGCUUAAGGAAAGUUCUUCACUUAGUUACUGGUGUCAAAAAAAGGCUUCAACAACCUUUGUAUUGUCAAAACAUAUGAACAUGUUACUGUGUGCCUGAAACUUUUGUCACGUCAAGGAUGGCGAUUGUAGCAAAUUAGUCAUUUUUAAAAACUGAACAAUCAUUGUGUGCAGUGUUACUGUCAGGAAAUACACAACUUCUGCCUGUUGUAUGUUGUAGUCGAUUGUUAAUUUUGGCAUUUAUCCAGUGUAUUGUAACUGGUUCUAUCAGUCAAAUACUUGUCAUUUGUUUUUCUUUGAAUGUCAACAAAUUGCAUUUACAAUCAUUAAUUGUGGGAAAAAAAACUGAGAUCAAUUGUUUCUGGAGCAGCAGUGUAUCACUCAAACAGAAUGUAGCUUAAUGUUGUAGCUUCCACAAUGACAAUAUCUCACCCAGGGAACUUUAACGUGUUGUUUCUAAAUGCUGGUAAUUAAAAUAUACAUAUUUGCACUUUUUAUUUUACGCUGAUAUACAUGAGGAGUAAUAAUAGGGUCAUAAAUAUUUUAAUACAAUUGUAAUGUAAAUAUACAGCUAAAAUAUGACAAAAAUGUAACUGAUGCACAUUGUUGUAGGAGGAUCUUACAUACUUGUUUACUUGAUCACUGUAUUAAUCAUUGUAGAGAAUAUAUAUCAAUAAAUAUUUAUAUUU